CCCAAAACGACUAUUUCCAAAAGGUUAGUUUUUAAUCUUCAAAUCCUUCUUCAAUGUCCAUCUUCGUGAUUUAAUAGUCAUCUCCUUUGGCUUUUUUUUUUUUUUUGAGUCCGUACUUUUUGGAUUGUAGACAAAGAUCCUCCCGACCAAACAUUUUGCUUCCGUGAAAAACGAUUGUGGUCUCUGGUUUAAAGAAGUUAUGAACACUAAUCCAGUGACUAAUGGGUUUGUUAAACCUGUUCCUACUGAAGAAGAACAAGCAAAGAUUGAGGAAGUGAGGAAGCUAUUAGGUCCAUUACCGGAGAAGCUUUCGAGUUUUUGUUCCGAUGAUGCAGUUUUAAGGUAUCUAAGGGCAAGGAAUUGGCAUGUCAAGAAAGCUACUAAGAUGCUUAAAGAAACUUUGAAAUGGAGAGUUCAAUACAAACCUGAGGAGAUUUGUUGGGAGGAAGUAGCUGGUGAAGCAGAGACAGGGAAGAUAUAUAGAUCGAGUUGUGUCGAUAAACUUGGACGACCUGUUCUCAUUAUGAGACCGAGUGUUGAGAAUUCUAAAUCGGUGAAAGGCCAGAUUAGAUACCUUGUGUAUUGUAUGGAGAAUGCAGUACAAAAUUUGCCACCAGGGGAAGAACAGAUGGUGUGGAUGAUAGAUUUUCACGGUUAUAGUUUGGCGAAUGUAUCGUUACGAACAACGAAAGAAACCGCUCAUGUAUUACAAGAACAUUACCCUGAGAGAUUAGCUUUUGCUGUUCUCUACAAUCCUCCUAAGUUCUUUGAACCUUUCUGGAAGGUGGCGCGGCCCUUCUUAGAGCCGAAGACACGGAACAAAGUGAAGUUUGUUUACUCGGAUGAUCCAAACACUAAGGUGAUAAUGGAGGAGAACUUUGAUAUGGAGAAAAUGGAGUUAGCGUUUGGUGGUAACGAUGACUCGGGUUUUAACAUAGAGAAACAUUCAGAGAGAAUGAAAGAGGACGACAAGAAAAGAUUGGCUUCGUUGGAGGGCAUUGUUUCCGCUUCUCUAGACUCGCUCAGCAUUUUAUCGGUCUCUGAUGGUACCGCCUCUAACAGUGCUCACCCUAGCUCUCAUGAUGUCUCUGAGGAUGAGCAUUAACCACAGAGAAAGGACUCAUCAAAUGUUUGUAACUUCAAGCACACUUGGAAUAAAUCUAAUUCCACUUCAUGAGGUUGUAGCUGCAACCAUUGUAUGUUUUCGAAACCUAUUCUCCACCGCGAUGAGAUUCAAUAUGUAUUUUUUUCGCGAUGAGAUUCAAUAUGUAUUUUUUUCGAUUAGUAAUAAAACCGUCACAGAUAAAAUGC